GACAAGAUGGCCGUCUGUUGUUAGUUUCUAGCAUUUUCUAUCUGUCAAGGAUUAAUAUUUAUCCAUAACACAAACUUAUUUUCGUUUUUCAAAAAGGAUAAUAAUAAAAACAGCAAAAUGUCGUAUAUGUUAGGUCAUUUGCAUAAUGGGUGGCAAGUGGAUCAAGCAAUUCUAUCCGAAGAAGACAGAGUUGUGGUAAUUCGUUUCGGGCACGAUUGGGACCCAACAUGUAUGAAAAUGGACGAAGUAUUAUACAGUAUUGCCGAGAAAGUGAAAAACUUUGCUGUUUUGUAUUUAGUUGAUAUUACAGAAGUUCCAGACUUCAACAAAAUGUAUGAAUUAUAUGACCCGUGUACUGUAAUGUUUUUCUUCAGGAAUAAACAUAUAAUGAUAGAUUUGGGAACUGGUAACAACAAUAAAAUUAAUUGGACCUUAGAAGAUAAACAAGAAAUGAUUGAUAUUAUUGAGACAGUUUAUAGAGGAGCUAGAAAGGGUCGAGGUUUAGUCGUUUCUCCUAAAGAUUACUCUACUAAAUAUAGAUAUUAAUUUACUGUUAAAUGGGAAUUGAAGUACUAAAUAUGAUCUUACGAAGAAUUUAAGUUUAGUAGUGAUA